GAGAGACCUGGCCGGCGGCGCUCCCUGAGCACAGCCUGGAGUUGGCUGCACGAAACUUUUCCUUCACCCUUCGGCGGCGCGACCCAGAGCCUGCGCCCACCGCGGCACGAACCUCGGCUCGAGGGGGGGGGGGAAAGCUAGGGGGACAGAAGCCCGCGGCUCCCCCCGCUCCCUCGCCGCCCGUCGGGGCGCGGCCGGGCGCGGCGGCGGCGGCGGCGGCAGGGCUGGGGCCCCGGGCGAUGGCCGCGGAGCUGGCGAUGGGCGCAGAGCUGCCCAGCAGCCCACUGGCCAUCGAGUACGUCAACGACUUCGACCUGAUGAAGUUCGAGGUGAAGAAGGAGCCGCCCGAGGCCGAGCGCUUCUGCCACCGCCUGCCACCCGGCUCGCUGUCCUCGACGCCCCUCAGCACGCCCUGCUCUUCGGUGCCCUCUUCGCCCAGCUUCUGCGCACCCAGCCCGGGCACCGGCGGCAGCGCGGGCGGCGGGGGCGGCGCAGCUCAAGCCGGGGGCGCCCCGGGGCCGCCGAGUGGAGGCCCGGGCACUGUCGGGGGCGCCUCUGGAAAAGCGGUGCUGGAGGAUCUGUACUGGAUGAGCGGGUACCAGCACCAUCUGAACCCCGAGGCGCUCAACCUGACGCCGGAGGACGCGGUGGAGGCUCUCAUCGGCAGCGGGCACCACGGCGCGCACCACGGCGCGCACCACCCGGCGGCCGCUGCGGCCUAUGAGGCCUUCCGGGGCCAGGGCUUCGCGGGGGGCGGCGGGGGCGCGGACGACAUGGGUGCCAGCCACCACCACGGCGCCCACCACGCCGCCCACCACCACCACGGCGCCCACCACCACCAUCACCACCACCACCACCACGGCGGCGGCGCGGGCCACCACGGCGGCGGCGCGGGUCACGGCGGAGGCGGCGCGGGCCACCACGUGCGCCUGGAGGAGCGCUUCUCCGACGACCAGCUGGUGUCCAUGUCGGUGCGGGAGCUGAACCGGCAGCUCCGCGGCUUCAGCAAGGAGGAGGUCAUCCGACUGAAACAGAAGCGGCGCACGCUUAAGAACCGCGGCUACGCGCAGUCGUGCCGCUUCAAGCGGGUGCAGCAGCGGCACAUUCUGGAGAGCGAGAAGUGCCAGCUCCAGAGCCAGGUGGAGCAGCUGAAGCUGGAGGUGGGGCGUCUGGCCAAGGAGCGGGACCUGUACAAGGAGAAAUACGAGAAGUUGGCGGGCCGGGGCGGCCCCGGGGGCGCGGGCGGGGCCGGCUUCCCUCGGGAGCCCUCGCCGCCGCAGGCCGGCCCCGGUGCAGCCAAAGGCGCGCCCGACUUCUUCCUGUGAGCGCGGGACCCUGGGCCUCGCCGCCGCCGGGGACAAGUUUGCGCAGGCCGCCCCGGCCUCGGCUCGGACUCGGAGGCCCGGGACGCGUGCGCGCGGGGCGGCUGCGGUGAGCUUCCCGUGCGUCCCGUCGCCAAGCCCCAGCUCCAGGUGCACCUCGACCGCCAGGUCCCCCAGCUCUGAACGUCCUCGGGGUCGCGGUCCAGACGUUGCCGAGGCCCCUCGGCGCCCCGGGAGUGGUGAAUACUAGGGAAGCCCGAGCCAGGUCUGACUUCCUCGGCAACGUCCACUUGUACAAACGUGGAGCGCAGUUCUUCGUCCCAACCUCCGCCCGCCCGCCGCGGGGACGCGCGGCCACCAGCUCCCGGUAGCCUCCGCCGGGCCCGCGCUGCUCCGCUGUCUUUCUUUCUGUCUCUUUCCUAGCCCUGUUUUUACUCCUCUUCCUCCUUUUUAAAGUGGUCUUAUUUUUGCAACAUUAAUAUUUAUUUUGCUUGGUAAUUAGAAAACCCGGGGGAAUCCCCUGGUCCCCGUGCGCCCUCGGAGGUCGGGGUGCCAGCAUGUGCCCUCACUCGCUCCGAGGGGUCUGGCCCUGCCUGCCCUCCAGCCCGCUUGUCCCCACCCUGUCCGGUUCUCCCUAUAGAGGAAGCCGAGGAACUUACCCGCGUGUCGGUCCCACUGCCCUGCUAUACUCGACUGGGGGAGGGGGGUUGGCUGUGCUCAGCCGGGUGGGGGCUGGCCCGGACUCCCGCGCUGCUAUUUCUCUAUGCACCAGAUCGUAUUUAUGACUCCUAGGGAAAUAUAUAUUAUUUUAACCUUCCAGAGAAGCGAAAGAAUUUUAAAAGUAAUGCACAGUUCUAGAAGAAAAUUUUUAAAGAGGAGGCUUAGGCCUGAACCUCCUGGCAUGGGCGGGUGAAAAGUGUUUUUAUUUAAUUUAAAUUGUGUUUCGUUUGUGGGAUCUUUUUUAAAGCUUGGUCGCUUUUUGGAUUAGCCCGGAGAGAGGCCCGACGGCGGGCAAGCUAGGCUGGGCGCUUCUGCACCAGCUGAGAUCUGAUUUUCUGAGGCUUGGCCCCGGUGCUCUGCCGCUCCCCGGCGGCUCCUGCCGAGCCUUCUGAGUAGGAGGCUAGACAACUCGUUGAAAAAAAAUUUUUGUGUUGUUGGUUUUUGUUGUGUUCUUUUUUUUCAUUUGUUACGAAACUGAGAAAAGGAAAACAAAACAAAAACAAAAAUAAAUCUGUUUAGAUUCAAAAGUCA